AGAAAAUAAAGAGCUUACCUGACUCCAGAUCAUCUGUGUGGAGAAGAAGACAGACAUCAGUUGUUGACAUUAAUUAUCUUCAAUCAUCAAUAAAAAAAAGCAUGGCAUACCGAGGCAGCGUUAGACCUUACGUCAACUUCAAUGCCAAACAUGAUGCUGAAAUCCUCCAUAAGGCCAUGAAAGGGAUUGGUACAGAUGAAGAUGCCAUCCUCAUGCUUCUUACAGCCCGCAGCAAUGAUCAGCGCCAGCAAAUUAAGGCAGCAUAUAAAAAGGCCCAUGGAAAGGACUUGGUCAGUGCACUGAAAUCUGAGCUUGGUGGGCUGUUUGAGAGUCUCACUGUGGCCCUGAUGACCCCAUCUGUCUUAUAUGAUGCUACUCUACUGCAUAACGCUCUCAAGGGUGCCGGGACUGAAGAUGAAGUGCUAAUUGAGAUCCUGGCCUCCAGGACUGGCGAGCAGAUUAAAGAAAUCACCAAAGUGUACAAGAAAGAGUUCGGCGGAAAGCUGGAGAAGGAUAUCUGUGGUGACACCUCAGGGCACUAUCAGAAACUGCUGGUGAUCCUGCUGCAGGGGAGUAGGGAGGAGGGAGUAGACGAGGAAAAGAUCGAGAAAGACGCUAAGGACUUGUAUGCUGCUGGUGAGGAAAAGUUUGGCACAGAUGAGGAAAAAUUUAUCACAAUUCUGGGCAACAGGAGCGCUGAGCAUCUCAGAAAAGUAUUUGCUGCCUACAAGAAGCUCUCUGGCUCUGACAUAGAGGACAGCAUUAAAGGCGAGACCACAGGGAAUUUGGAGAACUUGCUGCUGGCUGUUGUGAAAUGUGCUGAAAGCAUCCCAAACUUCUUUGCUGAGAGACUAUAUAAAUCUAUGAGGAGAGCUGGAACUGAUGAUGACACUCUGAUGAGGAUAAUGGUGUCCAGGAGUGAGGUGGACAUGUUGGACAUCAGAGCCAGUUUCAAGAAGAUGUACGGACAGUCUCUGUACACCACCAUCCAGGAAGACACAACUGGAGAUUACCAGAAGGCUUUACUCUACCUGUGCGGUGGGAAUGAUUAAUGCAACCUUAUGAUGCAUUUAGCAGCAAUGAAUGAUGAGCCAUCAUGUUGCUGCAGGACAAAGCUAUACACAUGAGAUGAGGAUAUUGAUCUAUAGUUCUUCUUUCUGUUAGUGUGUGUUUAUCGAGUUAGUGUGAAUUACCUGAGUGUCAUUUUGACUUAUUGCAAUAUUAUAUACUAUGAAUAUUAUUUACAAGGCACUGUUCUUUUUUUGUUUGUUUGUUUUUUAAAUGCCAGACAGAACAUACAGCUCUAAUUUAGUUCUUGGUAAACAAGCAGUUUUGAUUUUAAUGCAGAUAAUAAUGUUUUCUGAAAUGAUGAAAUGCCUGAUUAAUUUAAAAUCGAUCUUUGACCUCUUUUUCUUGUCAAGCGUACACACAAUGUUAGCAGCUGUUUACCUUAUUUGUGCUCGCUUCUCACAGCAUGUGUUAAAUGCAAGUUUGAAAAUACAAUACCGCUGCUCAA